UCCUCUUCUCCUCUCAUCUCGCCUCCCCUUUCCCUCCUUAUCAUCCUAAUUUCACACCAUGGCUGAUCUUUUCACCACCAUCGAGACCCCUCUCGCCAAGUACGAACAGCCUCUGGGCUUGUUCAUCAACAACGAGUGGGUCAAGGGUGUCGAAGGCAAGACCUUCGAGACCAUCAACCCCACCAACGAGAAGCCUAUUGUUUCCGUUCACGAAGCUACGGAGAAGGAUGUCGACAUUGCCGUUGCGGCUGCCCGCAAGGCCUUCGAGGGCUCCUGGGGUCACGUCACUCCUCACGAGCGCGGCCGCUUCCUGACCAAGCUGGCUGACCUGUUCGAGCGCGAUGCUGACAUCCUGACCGCCAUCGAGGCCCUGGACAACGGCAAGUCGAUCUCCAUGGCCAAGGGGGAUGUUGGCGCCGCUGCCAAGUGCUUGCGCUACUAUGGUGGCUGGGCCGACAAGAUCCACGGUCAGACCAUUGACACCAACAACGAGACCUUCGCCUACACCCGCCACGAGCCCAUUGGUGUUUGCGGUCAGAUCAUUCCCUGGAACUUCCCUCUCCUCAUGUGGUCUUGGAAGAUUGGCCCCGCUCUGGCCACCGGUAACACCGUCGUCCUCAAGUCGGCAGAACAGACUCCCCUGUCUGCCCUCUAUGCCGCUAAGUUGGUGCUCGAGGCGGGCAUCCCCGCUGGUGUCGUCAACGUCAUCUCCGGUUUCGGUCGUGUGGCCGGUGCCGCCAUCUCCAGCCACAUGGACAUUGACAAGGUUGCCUUCACUGGUUCUACCCUGGUUGGCCGCACCAUCAUGCAGGCCGCUGCCAAGAGUAACCUGAAGAAGGUGACUCUCGAGCUGGGUGGCAAGUCCCCCAACAUCGUCUUCAACGACGCUGACAUUGACAACGCCAUCACCUGGGCCAACUUCGGUAUCUUCUACAACCACGGUCAGUGCUGCUGCGCCGGUUCCCGUCUUCUGGUUCAGGAGGGUAUCUACGACAAGUUCGUCGCUCGCCUGAAGGAGCGUAGCGCCCAGAACAAGGUGGGCAACCCCUUUGAGAAGGACACCUUCCAGGGUCCCCAGGUCUCCAAGCUCCAGUUCGAUCGCAUCAUGGAGUACAUCGACCAUGGCAAGCAGGCUGGUGCCACCGUUGCCGUUGGUGGUGAGCGCCACGGCGAUGAGGGCUACUUCAUCCAGCCCACUGUCUUCACUGAUGUGACCGAGGACAUGAAGAUUGUCCAGGAGGAGAUCUUCGGCCCCGUCAUCACCGUUCAGAAGUUCAAGGACGUCGAGGACGCCAUCAAGAUCGGUAACAACACUUCCUACGGUCUUGCCGCUGGUAUUCACACCAAGGACAUCAACACCGCCCUCCGCGUGGCCAACCAGAUGCGUGCAGGUACCGUCUGGGUCAACAGCUACAACAUGCUCGACACUCAAGUGCCGUUCGGUGGUUUCAAGGAGUCCGGUAUCGGUCGCGAGCUUGGCUCGUACGCCCUGGAGAACUACACUCAGAUCAAGGCUGUGCACUUCCGCCUGACCGAUGCUCCUUUCGCUUAAAUGGGUGAGACUGUGGAGUGACUCGCUACGGUGACGGGUCAUUGAAGUUCUAAGCUUUGGUUGCACGUAGCCAUGACUGGUUCAUGUAAAACAAUUUCUAGGAUACGAAUUUACGAGAUUUUCAUAAUUCAU